GUUUUACAGAGCAACAGUAGAUGAUCUGCUGCAGUUCCUGUGAUCCUUCGUCAGAAUAGAAUGAUCUCUCGUCGCAAGUCGUCUGCUGUUUCUAGUGACCACAUCUUAAAUUUACUUCCACAUUUACGUCGAAACACACCACAAAGUUCUCACAAUGUUGUCAUCAGAAGAGAUAAAAUGUGAGAAUGUAGUUUCCAUCAUUUACUGUCCACAAGAAGAAUCCCAAAUCAGUUCAGGACAAGGAAUAUCUCACCACUGCUUACACUGUGGGAAGAGUUUUAUAAAACUGAGUGCCCUUCAAAUACACCAGCGCGUUCACACUGAGGAGAAACCGUAUCAGUGCUCAGAAUGUGGGAUGAGCUUUCGAACUAAUGAUGCUAUCAAAAAACACGAGCGCGUUCAUACUGGAGAGAAACCGUAUCGCUGUUCAGAGUGUGGGGUGAGUUUUAGAAACCAGAGUAAUCUGAGAAGACACCGGCGCGUUCACACUGGAGAGAAACCGUAUCAGUGCUCCGAAUGUGAAAAGAGUUUUUAUCAACAGAGUGAUCUUCAAACACACCAGCGUGUUCACACUGGAGAGAGACCGUUUUAUUGCUCAGAGUGUGGAAUGAGUUUUAUCAAUAAGAGUAAUCUCAGAAGACACCAGCGCAUUCACACUGGAGAAAAACUGUAUCAGUGCUCCGAAUGUGAAAAGAGUUUUUAUCAACAGAGUGACCUUAAAACACACCAGCGCGUUCACACUGGAGAAAAACCGUUUUACUGCUCAGAGUGUGGAAAAAGUUUCAGAAAGAGUGACGCCUUCAAAAAACAUGAACGCAUUCACACUGGAGAAAAACCGUAUCAGUGUUCAGAGUGUGGAAAGAGUUUUAGAGAUAAUUGCAAUCUCAAAAAACAUCAUCUCACCCAUACAGGAGAGAAACCGUAUUCAUGUUCAGAGUGUGGAAAAAGUUUUACUCACCAGAGUUCCCUUCAAGAACACCAGCGCAUUCACACUGCGGAGAAACCGUAUCAGUGCUCAGAGUGCGGGAAAAGUUUUACCCAACAGAGCAAUCUGAAAAAACACCAGCGUGUUCACACUGGAGAGAAACCGUUUUAUUGCUCAGAGUGCGGAAAGUGUUUUACACAAAGUGGUAAUCUCAGAAAACACCAGCGCAUUCACACUGGAGAAGAAAAAACUGAAUUAAAGUGCAAUAUGUAUUGCAAGCUGCCAAAAAAUAACCACAGAAGAUCUGAAUCCGCAGUGUUUUAUAGAGAAACAGGAGCUGAUCUGCUGCAGAAAUACCACAGGAACACCAAAAAGAUGGAUCUCUCAAUGCCAUCAAAAGAGGUAAAACUCGAAGAAGGACUUUCUAAAGAAAUAAAACUCGAGGACAGACUUUCUAGCAGUUCUGUGGCUCAAGAGGAAUAUUUUUGUGUUUCUCCACAAGAACCGACCCAAACCAAUUCAGGAAAAGGGAUGCCUUUCCACUGUUCAGACUGUGGUAAGAGUUUUAUGAAAAAGAGUGCUUUUCAAACGCACCAGCGCAUUCACACUGGAGAGAAACCGUUUCAGUGCUCAGAGUGUGGACAGUACUUUAGAAAGACUGAAACCCUUAAAAAACACCUGCGAAUUCACACUGGAGAGAAACCCUAUUACUGCUCGGAGUGCGGGUUAAGUUUUACAGAGAGUAGUCAACUCAAAAGUCACCAGCGUGUUCACACUGGAGAGAAACCGUAUCACUGCUCUGAAUGUGGACAGAGUUUUAGAGACAGUUCUAACCUUAAGAAACACCACCGCAUUCACACUGGAGAGAAACCUUAUCACUGCUCAGAGUGUGGACAGAGUUUUAGAGACAGCGCUAGCCUUAAAAAACACCAGCGCAUUCACACUGGAGAGAAACCCUAUUACUGCUCGGAGUGCGGGUUAAGUUUUACAGAGAGUAGUCACCUCAAAAGUCAUCAGCGUGUUCACACUGGAGAGAAACCGUAUCACUGCUCUGAGUGUGGACAGAGUUUUAGAGACAGUGCUAACCUUAAGAAACACCACCGCAUUCACACUGGAGAGAAACCGUACCAGUGCUCCGACUGCGGGAUGAGUUUUACCGAAAGUGGUUCCCUUAAAAGACACCGGUUCAUUCACACCGGAGAGAAACCGCAUCACUGCAUUGAUUGUGGAAAAAGUUUUAACCAACAGAGUGACCUCAGGAGACACCAGAGCGUUCACACUGGAGAGAAACCGUAUCAGUGCUCAGAGUGUGGGAUGAGUUUCACGCACAGUGGGAACCUGAAAAAACACCAGAGAAUUCAUACUGGAGAGAAACCGUAUCCCUGUUUGGAGUGUGGGAUGAGUUUCAGGAACAGUGGGACCCUGAAAAAACACCAGCGAAUUCAUUCUGGAGAGAAACCGUAUCCCUGUUUGGAAUGUGGGAUGAGUUUCAGGGAGUGUGGGAACCUGAAAAAACACCAGCGCAUUCAUUCUGAGGGAAAACUGUAAAAAUGCUCAGUAAGUCAAUGACGUUUUAGAGAUGGUGGAACCCAAUAGAAGUUUUGAGAAACUGUGGACAGAGCGUUAAUCAACAGUGAUCUCUAUAUGGCUACUUAUGGCGCACCAUUUCCACAAACAAAA